AUGAACGCCGUCAAGCCCCCCCGACCCGGUCACUUCCUCUUCACGUCAGAGUCCGUCAACGAAGGACACCCUGACAAGCUCUGCGACCAAGUGUCCGAUGCAAUUCUGGAUGCUUGCCUCGAGCAGGACCCAGACAGCAAAGUCGCCUGUGAAACCUGCGCCAAAACUGGCAUGAUUAUGAUCUUUGGCGAAAUCACCACAAAAGCCUCCGUCAACUACGAGCAAAUCGUGCGCGACACUGUCAAGGAGAUUGGCUACGAUGAUGAGUCGAAGGGGUUGGACUACAAGACGAUGAACGUCGUUGUGGCGAUCGAGGAGCAGAGUCCCGACAUUGCGCAGUGCGUCCACGUCAACAAGAAGGAAGAGGACGUCGGCGCGGGCGACCAGGGUCACAUGUUUGGCUACGCCUGCGACGAAACCGAAGAAUUCAUGCCUCUCUCUCACUCGCUCGCGACCCGCCUCGGCAAGCGUCUCACUGACGUCCGCAAGCAGGGUAUCUUGCCCUACAUCCGCCCUGACGGAAAGACACAGGUCACUGUGGAGUACGAGAAUCGCAAUGGUGUUCCUAUUCCGAAGCGCGUCCACACCAUCGUCAUCAGCACGCAGCAUGCGCCUGAGGCCUCCAACGAGCAGCUCCGCGCCGACCUCAUGGAGCACGUCGUGAAGGCAGUCGUCCCCGCUCAAUACCUCGACGAGGACACUGUCUACCACUUGAACCCCAGCGGGAAAUUCGUUAUUGGUGGCCCGCACGGCGACGCCGGUCUCACCGGCAGAAAGAUCAUCAUCGACACCUACGGAGGCUGGGGAGCUCACGGAGGUGGUGCCUUCAGCGGGAAGGACAGCACGAAGGUCGACCGGUCCGCAGCGUACGCUGCGCGUCAAGCCGCGAAGUCUUUGGUGGCGAACGGCUUCUGCAAGCGCUGCUUGGUGCAGGUUUCAUACUCCAUUGGCGUGUCCCACCCGCUGUCUCUGUUCGUGGACUCGUACAACACGGCAGCCAAGGGCUACACAGACGAAAUGCUGCUCAAGAUCGUCAUGGAGAACUUCGAUCUGCGUCCUGGUGUCAUCCAGAGGCGGUUGCGUCUGAAGGAGCCGGGUUUCAAGCGUUUCGCUGCGUACGGUCAUUUUGGCCGCGGCGAGGACGAGUGCACUUGGGAGAAGGUCGCAGACCUGUCGCACUGCAAGAUCCCUGGCCACGAGACUGCUUAA